CCGGGAAUUUUACAAACAGAUCACAGUUUUGCAAAACCUCUGAAGAAGUAUUGUUCUGAAAGAGCCACUGAAGCAAUCAUGGUAGGAAUUACUAUUCAUUUUUUCGUUACUUCAUAUAUUAUAGCUAGUGCUACAGCUGCUUAUGUAUGUGAACCUGAAACCUGUGAUCCGGGGACAAAACAUACUUUGUGUUUAUACGAUGGAGGCCUAGGUGAGGCUUGUCACGGAGCAUACAGUAAUGUUUUAAGCGCAGAGCAACAGCAAGCACUUCUUAAUGCUCACAAUGAUUAUAGAGCAUUAGUAGCAAGCGGUGGUGAAGAACGUGGACUUACAGGACCACAACCCGCAGGUGAAAUCCCUCCUCUACAAUGGGAUGACGAGUUGGCUAUGAUAGCCCAAGUAUAUAUCAAUCAGUGUAUAAAUGGUCAUUCCGCUUGCGACGACGUUGAACGCUUCAAGGUCAAUCAGAACAUAGCUUUUAUGUCGAAAAGUGACAAGUACGUCGAAGAUAUUACAGAAAUGUUGGAUCAAUGGACCGCAGAAGCUGCAAAUUAUGAUGGUAAUUACAUUGAUAACAUGCAGGAAGAAACCAAUGGUAAAAUUUAUCACUGGACCCAAUUGGUUUGGGCUGACACUCAAUACGUUGGCUGUGGGGUUUUUAACUGGCAAGAAGACAAUGGCUGGUACAGUACCAGGUUGAUCUGCGAAUAUGGACCCGCUGGAAACUACCCAGGUCUACCUAUUUACCCAACCAAUUAAUUUCAUCAAAUUAUAAGCAUGGAGAAAAAAGUUAUGACUUUUUCUGCUGGUAAAUGUAGCAUAAGAAUAAUUACAGUGCCAUAUAAUAGUAUAUUACGUGGCAAGGAUAAAAAAAGACGAUUUUAGACGAGAGCUGACUUUAUCCGACGUUUAAAAUCGUGUUUUAUCCCAUGUCGCGCACUAUAUUUUUUAUAUUAUCUGUAUUGAAACUGGGUUUUAAUGUCUGGAGUCAGUCGAAACGGGAAAAUUUCUGACCGAUAGAAUGGCCCUAGGGAAAAAAUUGAUGAGUUUCUAUCCGUUAAAUCGCAUUAGUCUGAAAUUUUCUUGUUUUGACUGACAAAACAGGCAUUAGAAUUCGCAGUUACAAUGCAGAUAUGAAAAAAUUUCUAUAUAGAUAUCAGUAAAAUUGUCGCUAAUUGUUUUUUUCACCGCUUACUAAUACAUUAAUUUAAUAUUGUAUUUAAUUAUUCGUUUCCAGUAAUAAAUUAAAGUUCUUAUAUAUUGUAAUCCAUUGAACAAUAAAAAGUAUCUAAAAAAUA